UUGAGCCUUGAAAACAACCGUGCAUGAUCUACCAAAACAACAGGCUGGGUUUAUCCUGCAUCCACCAUGGAAUGACAUGGCCUUGGCUGAGAUUGUGAGUCAGGAUUUUUUUUAAAAAGACAGUCUAAAUGCAGCAUUUUAACUGCAUUCAUAUUGCAGCUGAAAGGGCGUAUGAAACCUUUAAGUCGUACAAGUACUAGAGUAUUCUACCUAAAUGGGAACAUGGCUAAUCUAUGGCAGGUUAUAGUCAUGACAUUAAUGUACCUUUGCACAUGGCUGAAAAGAAGUUUAAACUGGAUUCAGUUCAGAGAGGCAGUUUCUGACACUGUCCAAGAGGAGUCUGAUAACCUACAGUCAGAAGUCUGGAGAACAAAUCAAGAGUACAGGACCUAUCAACAACAGAGCAAUGGACCAAUGGUAAUGGUGCAAACCAGCACGCAUACUUUCCAAGUGGAUCUGGAGAAACUUGCAGACUGCAGCGAGUAUUUUAAGGCUCUUUCCCACUCCUGCAUGAGAGAGACAUCUGAACAGCUGGUGCACCUUGAACAUGUUCCCUCUCCAGUCUUCCACAACCUUCUACAAUUCUGCUUCCUACAGCGGUUCUGUGUUCCUGAAGACUUGUUUGUGGAGCACCUACAGGUGAGCACCUACCUGCUUGCUUCGGGAUUCACUGAUCGUCUACUGAUAGCCCUCUCUCAGACCCUAACGGAGUGCACCUGCUUGGGCUAUCUACAGCUGGCUGAGGAACUCUGCAGUGAGGAGCUCCAACAGACUGUGCUAACCUACCUGAGCAAGUACCUACUGGAAUAUCCACACCUGAGCAAGGGCUUGGAUCCACACCUUAAAGCAGAGAUUCUCAGAUUAAGGUCAAAGGGAAGUCUACACUUAUGCUGCUUGAGGAAGGAGAACUUAACCUCAAGGAAUGAUCCGGAAACAGAUGUUGCUAGAAAGCUCUUCAGGCUAGAGGAAGAUGGAGAUUAUGUUAAAUGGAGUUCUCUGACAGAUCUUCCUUUUUAUGCAGAUAAGUGGUGCUUCACCACAGCGGUUCUCUAUAAUUACCUCUAUCUCAUAGGGGGCUAUAGACAUCGUGUAAAGAAGGGUUAUGAGUUCAAGAUGGCUUCCUUCCGCUACAACCCUUUUACCAAUCAAUGGGUAUCAACAGCUCCUCUGAUUAAGCACAGGCGUCACUUCAGUGCAGCUGUUUGUGAAGGGAGAAUCUUUGCUGUGGGUGGCUGGUAUCUGGAUUCCCUUGUGACUCCUGACUCCAGUACAGGCGUCUACACUGCUGUGGAGAGGUACGAUCCCUGGAUAGACGCCUGGGAAUUUGUUUCGUCUCUUCCUCUGACAGACUUCCAGUUCAGCCUGUCCCUUUCCCAUGAUUCCCCACUCACAACCAGCCUGGGACACUGCCUCUAUGUACUGGGAAACAUCCAGAGAACUGGAGAAAAACUUGUGCUGCGUUACGAUACUACACAAGAUUGCUGGUGUGAACUGCUCCCCACACUAACCCGCUCCAGUGCAGACCUCCCCAUCCUGCACUUCCUGGGUGCUGCCAAUAGUCAAUUGGUUGUAAUUGGUGGGAAUAACUCUGAAACCAUGGUGACAUCUUUCUGUGUGGACUCUCAAAAGUGGGGCCCUAUCAGAGCAAUAGAGAAGACCACUUUAAUUGGCCAGGGUACCAUUCUGCAUAACGAGGUCUACAUGUCAGGGAUGAAGGACAAUGCUGUAGUUAAACUGAACCUGCAUUCAUUGUCCCUCUGUCCUCUUCCUUCACUUCCUGUCACCACCUGCUACGAGAGCCUUUUCCACCUCUACUUCUGACCUUUUUUUCUAGUUAUACAAUAAAAUGUGAACUGAAUAUUUCUCAUUUUGUAUAAAAGUACACCACUUUGUGAAAACCUGUUAUUGUGGAACAAUGUUUCUUUGGCAUAAAUAAAAGUUUAGUUCACUCCAAAA